CGCGAUGUUGCGCCUACGUUCCCGGCACUUCUCGCGAUAUUUCGCCUCUCGGUUUAGAAACGCUGUGACCAGACCAAAGACAACAAGGUGAACACUAGCAGGAGCGACUUCGCUGCUUGAGUGUUGCUUGUUCACGAAAUGGACUGCUCAAAUCUAACCAAUGUACGCACAGAGUCCAAGGAUUACCAGAACAGCCACAAAGACACAGACCAGCAGCACUGCACAGAGGAUGAGCCCUUGCUUAGAGACAACCCCAGGCGUUUUGUCAUCUUCCCAAUCCAGUACCCUGACAUCUGGAGGAUGUACAAACAGGCCCAGGCCUCCUUCUGGACAGUGGAAGAGGUGGAUCUAUCUAAGGACCUGGCACACUGGGACAACUUGAAGCCUGAUGAGAAACACUUCAUCUCUCACAUCUUAGCUUUCUUCGCUGCCAGCGACGGCAUCGUCAACGAGAACCUUGUCCAGAGGUUUAGUCAGGAGGUACAGCUUCCAGAGGCCCGAUCCUUCUAUGGGUUCCAGAUCCUCAUAGAGAACAUCCAUUCUGAGAUGUACGGCAUGCUCAUCAAUACUUACAUCAGGGACUCUGAGGAGAGGGAGCAUUUGUUCAAUGCCAUUCAGACUAUGCCGUGUGUGAGAAGGAAAGCAGACUGGGCGAUCCAGUGGAUCUCUGACACCAAAUCCACUUUCGGGGAGCGGAUAGUAGCGUUCGCUGCAGUGGAGGGCAUCUUCUUCUCAGGGUCGUUCGCUGCUAUUUAUUGGUUGAAGAAGAGAGGCCUGAUGCCUGGGCUCACCUACUCCAACGAGCUCAUCAGCAGAGACGAGGGCCUGCACUGUAACUUUGCCUGUCUGUUGUACAGCUACAUAGUGAAGAAACCGUCAGAGGACAGGGUGAAGGAUAUUAUCACCAAAGCUGUCAGCAUUGAACAGGAGUUUCUGACAGAGGCCUUACCUGUGGAUCUGAUUGGGAUUAAUGGUGUGCUGAUGAAGCAGUACAUUGAGUUUGUGGCAGACCGUUUACUCCAAGACCUGGGAUUGGCCAAGGUCUAUCUGACAGAAAACCCCUUCGACUUCAUGGAGUCCAUCUCACUGGAAGGGAAAACAAACUUCUUUGAGAAGCGUGUGGCUGAGUACCAGAGGUAUGGAGUGAUGUCAAACGCCAUGACCUGUGACUUCACCCUUGAUGCAGACUUCUAGUUAAAACACAUGGUUCCACGUGAAGAAAAAGAGGCUUCAGGAGUUCCAUCAUAACCUCAGGUGCGAUUGGAGGGGAAUCCUGAUUGGAGGGGAAUCCUGAUUGGAGGGGAAUCCUGAUUGGAGGGGAAUCCUGAUUGGAGGGGAAUCCUGAUUGGAGGGGAAUCCUGAUUGGAAGAAUUAUAACAUCAAUCCAAGUACAGGCACUCGUGUGGGUUUGAAAAUGGAAAAGGGCCACAUAUUAUUACACUUGACCUGUAUAUUGAAUUUACAUUUGUUGUAUUUUAUCUUGAUUUAACAAGGACUUCACACUGACAAUGGCAGCAAUACUAGUGAACCAAUGCAAUGGUUUUAAAUAAGUGUAACCGAUGUGAAAUGGCUAGCUUAGUUAGCGGUGGUGGCGCGCUAAUAGCAUUUCAAUCGGUGACGUCACUCGCUCUGAGACCUUGAAGUAGUAGUUCCCCUUGCUCUGCAAAGGGUCGUGGCUUUUGUUGAGCGAUGGGUAACGAUGCUUCCUGGGUGACUGUUGAUGUGUGCAGAGGGUCCCUGGUUCGAGCCCAGGUAGGGGCGAGGAGAGGGACAGAAGCUAAACUGUUACAUAUGGCGUUAUUGAUCAAUGCCUUCUAUUUGUUUUAUAAAAUGAAUACUGCUCAUAGUCUCUCUCUGAUAAUCAUUUGUUCUAGGUGCAUAGCUAGAACUAUUAGGAAGAAUGUGUGUGUUUGCAAAACUUGCACGUGGUGGAACACCACAAUAUUUUCCUUUGUAUCCCAUCUGCUUCUACAUAUUUCUAGCUCCAUCACUUAUCAAUGCUUUCUUUUUGUGGACAGCCACUGUCACAUUAAGGCCCUCCCCUCCCCCUGACGCUAGCUAGUUGGUAGUGCUGGCAGUGGCUAUGCUACAUGCUAGCUGACGUUUUGAAAAGAUGGCAACGGACUGGCAAGCUUUAACUGAUUUAAGCCAAGUUAAUAUCCAGUUGUCUCAGAGAGCUGUUAUCCUCCGGGCCGGAGAUCGUAGUUGGGGUGAAGUUGGGUCUUGACGCCUGAGCGUUACCCGUCAUGAGUGAUUUUUCUCCACGGCGGACUCUUCGGUGGGAAAAAGCAAGGAGCUCCGGUUACUCGACAGGGGCAAUGCCCUCCAGGAUCAAGUGAAUACAAUUGUGAAGCACGAGGAACAAAAUAAGACAAAAAAUGUCUUCUAUGCAGGUGAGGUUGCUCUCGAGCAGCUAGAUGUUCUUUAACAUUCAGCCAUCAGAUUUGCCACCAAUGCUCCUUAUAGGACACAUCACUGCACUCUGUACUCCUCUGUAAACUGGUCAUCUCUGUAUACCCGUCGCAAGACCCACUGGUUGAUGCUUAUUUAUAAAACCCUCUUAGGCCUCACUCCCCCCUAUCUGAGAUAUCUACUGCAGCCCUCAUCCUCCACAUACAACACCCGUUCUGCCAGUCACAUUCUGUUAAAGGUCCCCAAAGCUCACACAUCCCUGGGUCGCUCCUCUUUUCAGUUCGCUGCAGCUAGCGACUGGAACGAGCUGCAACCAACACUCAAACUGGACAGUUUUAUCUCCAUCUCUUCAUUCAAAGACUCAAUCAUGGACACGCUUACUGACAGUUGUAGCUGCUUCAUAUGAUGUAUUGUUGUCUCUACCUUCUUGACCUUUGCUGUUGCCCAAUAAUGUUUGUACCAUGUUUUGUGUUGCUACCAUGUUGUUGUCUUGGGCAUCUCUUUAUGUAGUUGUCUCUUGUUGUGAUGUGUGUUUUUGUCCUAUAUUGUAUUUAUUUAUUUUAAUCCCAGGCACCCGUCUCCACAAGGCCUUUUGGUAGGCCGUCAUUGUCAAAAAUAAUUUGUUCUUAACUGACUUGCAUAGUUAAAUAAAGUUUUAAAAUAUGUAUAUAAUAAAUGUUGUCUUAGGUC